UUAUUAUGAAAUCUGCAACUAACGCAGAAUGCGGCGCCGGAAGUUCCGCAUUACGACUGCGGAUGAAGAUAACGGACAAGUGGCUAAGGCUAAUGCUUGCUAACUAAUUAGCAGGAUAGGUUUUUUCCAUCGUGUGUGUGUGUGUGUGUGUGUUCCCGCCUCAAGCAUGGAACAGUGUGCAUGUGUGGAGCGGGAGCUGGAGAAAGUGCUCCAUCGUUUUGUAAUGUAUGGCCACCAGUCUGAGGAGAGGCUAGAUGAACUCCUACGCAGUGUCUGUGAGAUACGUGCACAACUAGUUGCUUUUGCAGGAGUACAGGAUGCAGACUUAUCAGUCCUCUCCCAGAAUAUGACCCAGUGUUGUAAGAAUAUCAAAGAAACAGUGCAGAUGCUGGCAUCCCGACAUAAAGACAUUCAUGGCAGCGUGUCAAAAGUUGGCAAAGCCAUCGACAGGAAUUUUGAUGCUGAGAUCAGCGCAGUGGUGGCAGAGACAGUGUGGGAUACUGCAGAAAGACAGAAAUACUUGAGUGAGUCCAUUGUGGAGCACUUGUACCGGCAAGGAAUGCUCAGUGUUGCAGAGGACCUUUGCCAGGAGUCCGGUGUAGUUAUCGACAUGAGUAUGAAGCAGCCUUUUCUGGAGUUAAACAGGAUCCUUGAAGCUCUGAGGAUGCAGGACCUUAGGCCGGCGUUAGAGUGGGCCGUUUCAAAUCGCCAGCGUCUUCUGGAACUGAACAGCAGUUUAGAGUUCAAGUUGCACCGUUUGUACUUCAUAAGUUUGCUUAGUGGAGGAAUCGGCAACCAGAUGGAGGCCCUGCAGUAUGCCAGGCACUUCCAACCGUUCGCAUCCCAACACCAGAGAGAUAUCCAGAUCUUGAUGGGCAGCCUGGUCUAUCUACGUCAUGGUAUUGAAAACUCUCCGUAUCGCAGUCUGUUGGAGACCAAUCAGUGGGCCGAGAUCUGUAACAUCUUCACCAGGGAUGCCUGUGCUCUGCUGGGCCUCUCUGUAGAGUCUCCACUAAGUGUCAGUUUUGCAUCAGGAUGCAUGGCCCUACCGGUGCUGAUGAACAUCAAACAGGUGAUCGAACAGAGACAAUGCAGUGGAGUGUGGACGCACAAAGAUGAGCUCCCUAUCGAGAUUGACCUGGGGAAGAAGUGCUGGUACCACUCUGUGUUCGCCUGCCCGAUUCUUCGGCAGCAGACCUCCGAGAGCAAUCCUCCCAUGAAGCUCAUCUGUGGCCAUGUCAUCUCCAGAGAUGCACUCAACAAACUCACCAAUGCUGGGAAGUUGAAAUGCCCUUACUGCCCCAUGGAGCAGAACCCGUCACAUGCCAAGCAGAUCUACUUUUGAUACCAUACACUCUCCUCGUCAAGGAUGAAGUUACCUGGAGCUCUUUGAAUGUCCAGAACCCUUUGCUCUGGCCCCUGUCCUGUGUCCCUGGCCUCUCGGCCUGUUUAUCGUAAGCAUUAAGGUUUUAUCCCAGUGCUCCUCUGGACGGCCUCGGCAGUCCUGCAACCCACCUCGGACCCUCCAACUUUGCAUAGCAUACAAGUCCUGCACGGUUGGUUGAACGACAGCUUGUAGUAGAGAGAAGAGCCGAUCAGAUCGUCUUCACAAAGAAGCUCCUCUGAGAAAGGAUCCCUUGUUGAAAUUCAUUUGCGAAUGCCUGCAGAGUUAUAGGCUUAUCGUAGGUAUUACUUUAUAUUGUUUAGGUUAUUUUUUUUUUAUUUUUGUCUUUUUGAGUUGGAACAAGCUUUACUUUUUAUUUUAAAAGCAGUGGGAUAAUUAUAAAUGGGUGUAGUGUUUUGAGUAAAUGGUAUAGAUGGGCAGGGUCUGUAUUCUGGACACUGUAAGCUUCUAUUACUUAUGAGAUAACCCACCGAGUAGCAAACUCCACUGAAGGCUUAUUAUUUCCUGGUAGGGGGGGUAAAAGUGUGGCGAUCUCCCUUUAAUUGAACUCUUGAUGGUGGCUCCUUUUUGUUGUACUAAAGGUCUCACAUAGCCUGAAAGCCACUGCUGGUUGAUGAGUAAAACAAUGAAUUCCUCAGCGCGUGGAACAGCUUCCUUGUUUUUGAUUUUCCUUCUUUGACUGAUUGCACCAGCAAGAUUUUCCUCAUUUUAGAAGCCAUUUGUCUUGUUCUGUGUGUGUAUUUAACAAAAGUGACAAAAAGCAAACAAAAAAUAUACAGUGUACUACUGUGAAACGUGUUCGGUUCCUAUUUUUCUUCACCACCACCUCAUGUAAAGUAGUUACCUUGCACAGCAACACACUUAAUCAGCACUAUUGUGUAACUUUAAAGAUAUAGUGACUCAAAAGCUUGAUCGCUUCAGUCUGUGUAUCCUAAGCUAGCACGCCAUGUGAUUUGGAGAUGUAAAUUGGUGUGAUGGUAGCCUUAUAGUAUGACUCUCGGUGACUGUGGGCUUGUGAAGUUUUACUUGUGGUGGGUGGGUAGGUCUUCUGGUCAUUGUGGCUGUUGUUUUAUAUAUAUACUCAAGAAUGCCUCUGUUUGAGUCAGGACAGCAACAGUAAGAUCUUCACAUUUCCUCAGGGUUCCUGGUAAUAACUCAUACAACACCUUACACUUAUUAUUUAAGAUGUACAUUUAUAUAAGGAGUCAUAUAUUACAUUUUACAGAGUUGAAGGUAAUAGUUGUGGGAGUUUCUGGAGUUUGUACAUAUUCAGUCUUUCAUGUGUCAGGAUGCAUUUGGAGGAGGUGUGAAGGCAGCUGGAUGUACAGCACAGUUUGUGCAGAGCUGAUGCAGGUUCCCGACAUCCUCCUGGAUGUGCUGAUGUCACCUCACGGUCCAUGUGAGGCAAGUUUUUUCAGCAAACCACUGCACCAGCAUCUUUCACCCUAAUGAUGCACCAUUAAAUGAACUUUUUGUCUUGUUUUUGUUUUAUUUUUUCCCCCUCACUUUGGUUGACAAUCAUUCGCCUCUUUUUUCAGGGUCCCUCCACAUAGAAUGCGAGUCUGUUGUAUAGUCCUGUCCUCUAAUUUUUGCUAAAUGUUUUUGCAUUUCCAGCGUUUGUGUGUUAUGCAACCUUUACUGUAAAUAUUUAUCCGCUAACAUGUUUCAUAUAUUUGCAUCUGAUAUUCAAAAAUAAACAAAAAAUAUACUCCA